AUGAUGAACACUUUAUUAUCUCCUUUGCAAUACUUGUUAAUCUUUGUCUCUCUCAUUAUCACCCCCUAUUUUCUUCAUGGAUUCCAAGCCAAAAGUGUCAUUGACUCCCCACUUUUAACUAAGAAAAUUGGAACCAAUAAUAAUGUCAUUCUUGUAGUUGAUCCAAAUGGAGAUGGGGAUUUUCAAUCUGUUCAAGCAGCAAUUGAUUUUGUUCCUCGAGGGAAUUCCAAUUGGGUAAUCAUACAUGUCAAAAAAGGCGUUUACAGAGAACAGGUGCAUAUACCAGGCAACAAGCCGUACAUAUUCAUGAGAGGUAGUGGAAGAGGGAAGACAGUGAUUGCGUGGUCUCACACUUCAGCUGACGCCUAUAGCCAGGGCCGGAUUUUAGGUUUUUGGGGCCCUGUUCUGAAUGGUGCUCCCCAAGGGAUGGGUCAACCCUCACACAACCAAUCAUCAGUGGCAGCAGUGGUAGCAGCAGACAAGGCAGGGUUCUACAGCUGUGGAUUCUUAAGCUCACGCAACACUCUCUUUGACUACAAAGGCAGACACUACUACAAUCACUGCUACAUUCAGGGCUCCACCGACUCCAUUUUUGACCGAGGACUAUCCAUGUUUCAUGGGUGUGAGAUAUUUGUGGUUGGAGACAAGAGAGCAGAGGUUCAUAGCUGUGUGACAGCACAACAUAGAGAUAGUGCAAAAGAGAAGAGUGGGUUUGUGUUUUUGAAUGGGAAGGUUUAUGGGGUUGGAGAUGUGUACUUGGGGAGAGCUAAAGGGGCUUACUCCACGGUGGUUUUUGCAAAUACAUAUUUGUCCAGGACUGUCAUUUCCAAGGGUUGGACUAAUUGGAGCCAUACAGGCCAUACAAAACAUUUGCACCAUGCGGAGUACAAGUGUCAUGGACCGGGUUCAGCCACAAAAGAUCGGGCCCAUUGGUCGAAGCAACUGAGUGAAGAAGAAGCGGCGGCUUUCCUAUCUAUCGGCUUCAUUCAAGGCUCCGAGUGGCUUCCGGCGUGGCUAUAAGUUUAGCUCACC